AUGGGCCCCAGCACUUUGGGGCCCCGCGAGCUGCAGCAGCAGCAGCUGCAGCAGCAGCAUGUGCGGCAGCAGCAGCAACAGCAGCAGCAGCAGCAACAGAACCGUCUAGAGAGCCUCAAAGAGGCCCCCUUCAAAGCUACUGAGGGCUGGAAAGGCGCAACCCAAAGCCCGCCACCACCAGCAGCAGCAUCGCGUGCUACUGCUGCUGCUGCUGCUGGCGCGGCUGCAGCAGCAGCAGCUGCUGCUGCUGCUGCGUCCCCUUUGGGCAGCUCAAGUGAGCCUUCAAGUGUCUCUUGCUCUGUCCCCGACGAAGGCGACCCAACAACUGAAGUUGAUGCAGGGCAUGUGGAAUACCCCAGAGCAGCAGCAGCAGCAGCAGCUGGAGCAGCAGCAGCACCUUCAGCAGCAACCGUGACACUGGCCCCAGCAGCAGCUGCUGCCGGCGCCUACUCCCCCUCUUCGAAGUGGAAGCAGCACAGCAGCAGCAGCAGCAGCGCAGCCGUGCACGAGCAGCGGGGGCAAGCAAGAGCUGCUGCUGCAGCAGCUGCAGCAGCUGCAGCAGAGGCCGCAGCUGCAGCGGGUGUCGCUGCAACAGCAGCUCUGACCCAGCAGCAGCUGCUACAGCAGCAGCAGCAGCAGCACCAGCAGCAAGUCUACCAGCUUGCUUCUUCACUGGCUUCAGGGCGGCACCGCCACCACCACCACCACCACCACCACCAGCACCGCAGCCACCACACCUCCCAGCAGCAGCAGCAGCAGCAGCAGCGGCAGCAGCAGCAGCAGCAGCAGCUGGUGCGCCCAGCAAGCAGUGUGGGGCCCCUCAGCCUGCGCGUUUUAGCUGCUCUCUCUGUACCCCCCACAGCAGCAUCUGAGGCGCCGCUGCUGCAGCCAUUUUGA